UAAUUUUCGUACACGAAGUUACAAAUUAUGAACUUUGGUACAUGAACUUAUAAACCCGACCAACUUUUUAUACACGACGUCAAUAACCCCGUCAGUGGGUAUGUCAUUAUCCAUAUAAUGAAGGGUAGAAUAGGGUUUUCACCGCAAACCCAUCUCUCUUCUCCUUCGCACAACCCUUCUCUAUAAUCCCUCCUCUCUCUUCUUCUUCCUACACCCUCCUCCUCUCUCAGCCCUCCGAUCAUCCCUCUCUCCCCACCACCGUCCCUAAUGACGUUAUCAACGUCAAGGCAUCGAUGCUGAUUUGAAUCACAGUGACACAGACUCUCACAUAGACAAAGCGAAAGAGAGAGCUGCAUAAUCACAUUGGAAGAAUCUGAAUGAUACAUGCUGGAGAAGAACCACACCUUUUACGGCGUGUCGGUUUUUGAUUCCACGGCCAAGAGUGGUUCGCCGCAUUUGAGAACCAGAAGAAGAAAAAGAAGCUAGAGACGAAGGAGAAGCUGAAAUUGCGGUGGAUUGCGGUUGGAAUCGUCGCCGUGGAUGGGGAAAUUUACGGUGGUAUGAUAUCGGAUUAGGAGGCGACGGCGGCGAGAGAGAGAGAGAUGGCGUAUGCCGGAAAGAAGAGAUGGAAAGGUUUGGUGGUAGGAGUGUUAGACUUGGUUCUGCUUUCUAUGCUCGUGCCUCUUCUCUUCCUUCUCGGUAUUCACAAUGGCUUUCAAGGAUAUGGUUCGGAGCAGCCGAAUUUGCCUACAGUAAGGACUUAGUUUCUGGUUUGUUUUGGUUAGGUGGAGAUUUUGUGCAAGAAUUUCCCAGAAAACGUUUUAUAAGAGUUUUGAGAGAGAUGAAUCUGUGGAAAUUGAUACUGAGGAAAUGGGAGGUGCUGAUUUUGGUUUCGAUUUGUGGGAGGCUGGUUUCGGGUUGGAUUAGGAUUAUGGUGUUCUUAUUGGAGAGGAACUCAUCCUAAGGAAGGGACUGUUAUAUUUUGUUUAUGGGAUCAGGAAGGCUGUUUAGAACUAUAUUUGGCUUGGCUUUAUUUGAUGGGUUGGCAUUUCGGGUUGAUCAAGAAGGGUGAGAAGGAAACAAAUGGUAGAAUCCAA